UAUGAAUUUCAAAACAUGUCGUAAAAAUGGAAACAAAUAAAUAUUUUUUUUUCAGAUAAAUUAAUGUAAACUGUACACAUCCGUAACAAAGUCUUCAAAAAAGCAUCAAGAUGAGCGUAGAAAAGCUGUACGAAAGUGAGAAUUUCUUAGUAGUUAAUAAACCUUUUGAUAUGUAUAUCAACUCUGACGACGAAAACGAAAAGAAUACUGUCACUUGCCACAUUGCGUCUCCAGACUCUCAUAUGUCCUCUUCAGCGUAUCCACUACACUUCGUGCAACGGCUAGACUAUUCCACUAGUGGGGUGCUGUGUAUAGCUAAAACGAAGGGCGCAGCGGCUAGAGCGGGACGCCUGUUCGAAAAGAGAGAGACAAGGAAAUAUUAUUUGGCCGUAGUAAGGGGGCAUGUUAACUGUGAGGUUGCUGAUAUUGAGUUUGAUGUUGGAGUGGAUCCGCUCACCGCUCAUUCGAGUCACAAGAUGAUGGCGAAGGUCAGUUCAGCGAGUGAAUGCACUGAGUCGCGGCGCGCGCACACACGCAUGCUCGUGUUAGAGACUGGUCUCUAUGACGGCGAUCCUGUUACCGUGGUGCUGUUAAAGCCUAUCACUGGUCGCCGCCACCAGUUACGCGUCCAUUGCUCAGCCAUCGGCCACACUAUCCUUGGCGACUACACUUACAGCAACCGUCUCGACAACUCACCGCAUAGAAUGUUUCUACAUGCCACGAGGUGAGUAGAUUAACCUUUGGGUAUUUAUUAUGAUAAAAAUGUGUAUGUUAUAAGAAAAACGAAGAUCUUUUGUUUUUCCACAAAAAAACUGCAUUCACACACUAAAGAA